CCAGGGACUUCUAGGUUCUACAAAGAAAGGCUCGAAACCGCGACUCUUUAAACGACAGUUGCGGAAGAGGAAGUAGAAGAAGAAAACAUGGCGGGAGUUGCAGAAGCGGAACCAACCUCGGCCUUCUCUCACCUCAACUCCAGGCUUCCAGAAGACACCGUCUUCUAUGCCAUAUUCCCUGAUUUCUCCAUUCAUAAUAAUGGUAAUGAAGAAGAUGAUGAGCUAUCAAAUUCCUCGCUUCGCUCACUUCAUCUCCAAAUACUCAACACCGUUAACCCGUACGUGUCCGACUACAUCUGGCAGCAUGAUCCCUUUAACCUCUCUAUCUCCUCUUCCCGUACUUCUAAUUGUAUCUGCUCGAAGGAAAUCCCUCAUCUCCAUGGCAAAACCAAAUAUGGUGAUAACCUUGAAGACGAAUGGUUCGUUGUCUUCCUCUUAUUUGAGAUUACUCGCAGAAUCCCCUCCGUUUCAGUUCGGGUUUGGGAUACCGACGGGGAGUUUCUUCUCAUCGAAGCGGCUUUCUCUCUCCCUCGCUGGAUUAAGCCGGAUAGCAGUUUGAAUAGAGUUUUUAUAAGGCAGGGCGAGCUUCACAUUAUUCCCAGAGAAAAGUUCCCUUCGAAUCCGAGCUUGUCUGAAUCGUUAUCUUUUCUGUCCACUGUUAGUGAGGGAGCUCGGGCGUCGGAUUCUGUGCAGAUGGCUCUGAAGAACCGAAUUUCUGGGUAUCCAGAGAGAGCUAGGUCGAACAUGCAUCGGGUUAGGGUUAGGGUUCCAGUCUCUGUUGCCCAGGUCUUGAAGCAUGAGCCUUGCUUGAUAUCACUGGCGGUUGAGGGUUUCUACGACCGUGACAUUGAUUCCAUGAAGUACGCUGCUCGGAUGGAGAAGUUUCUGAGUGGAGGUACUGGAGAAGAGCUUGUUCAGAUAUCGGUUCGGAUGUCGAGGGCGAUGUAUGCACAGCUCUUGCAGCAGACGUUCCAGGCACCCAAGUGUUAUCCCAUGCCUCCCAGAACGGAUGCUUCCGCUUAUACGGAAGCGGAGCUGGGGAUGAAGAUCACUUGUGGGUUCGAGAUGAUGUAUCAACAAAGGCGUAGUGAAGGGUCGGAAUUGAUGGGGAGCACCUGGGACGCGUUCAGGGAGAGCUUAGAGCGUAGUGGGUAUUUCAGAGGGCUUCUCCCUGGUUCGAAAGAGUAUCGGCAGCUCUUGGAAAAUGCUCAAGAGUAUUAUCGAAACAGUUCUUUGUUCUCUAGAACCAGUGAAAUGAUGAAUGCCCCUGUGAGAUGCAUUGAUGAGCUUCUUGCUUUACCACAUUCUGACGAUGACUUUAGGGGUUUGGACCUUCCUCCUUCAGAUGAUGAUUCCUGGCUGUACAGUGGCGAGGAAGAAUUAACUGCUGCUCUUCUAGAGAGGGAGAAAGAAAUGGAACUUUAUGAAUCAAAACAUAAAAUGAAAAAUAAAUCAAAGGAGCAGGAGGAAGUUGGUCAGUCUCAGUUUGAUGAUUCUGGUAUUGGUGAAAUAGCCAAAACAAUGGAAGAAUUUGUUCACAAAGUCUCAAGCUAUGAAGGUGCAGAGGUUCCAGAAAACAGAGACUCAAAAGCAGUGGAUCUUGAUGUGGACCGCUUUAUUAGAGACAUGGAAUUGGCAUUUGGACUUGAAGGCCAGGACCGCAUGGCUGAUGCUUCUGGUAGUGAAGAAGGAUCAUCUUCUGAUAUGGAUUAUGAUGAGUCUGAGGAUGAAUCUCAGCCAAUGGAUCCUGCUGAGCAUAGUAAGGACAAAGAACGUAACUUUAUGGAUUCCUAUUCUGAUGCUCUGAAUGAGGAACUAAAAACCACCACUCUCAAAACUAGUUUCGUUCGUACUAGUGAUCAAUCCUCCAAAAAUGAUGAGGGACCAUCAAAUUCUACGAAAGAGGUGGAUGAGGACUUCACCCCAAUUGAUGUGGAUGUGAAUCUGGUCAAGAGCUUUCUAGAUUCUUUUGCUUCUCAACAAGGCCUUCCUGGUCCUGCUUCCAAUUUGCUUGGCCUGAUGGGUCUACAGCUUCCGCAAGAUGCAACCAAGAAAAAAUAACCCCCUGGUUCAUGUUUAACAUCAUGCCUGAUAUCAUUUUGGUUCCAUGCUUCAUGUAAGGUUAUCUCAUAAUCCAUCUUCGUUUCAGCUCCCUCGAGAUGCAACUACAGAAAAAUAUACCCCCUCAUAGGGAUAAAAAGGUGAGAAGGGUCUGUAUAAUGGCAGAUGCUCCAUACGAGAUAAUCAUAUAAACCUUCUUUCUAUGAUGGAUAUCUUGUAGAAAUUGGGCUGUCUUAGCUUUUAAGAGUUCUGUAUUAUGUAAAUCUUUGUGAAGUUGGUUUGAUCUGCAAUUUAUGUUUGCGUAGAUGGAAUACAGUUUUGAGUUGGUGCACAUUUACCCGAGGCUUAAGAGCUCCAGGUACAGUUAUCCUUUAUGCGCAAAAGAUAUAACAUUGCCUCAUGGUUCUUGUAAGAAGACAAAGUACAGUUUUGGCAGGUCCCAGUAAAGAAUUUUCUUUGCUGGAACUGAAUUAAGUUAUUAACUUGAUCAA